UCGGCCGGGUGCGUCCUUAGGACGAGGAGGAGGAGAAUUAAAAAAACGGAACAACAUAUAAGAGAAGCUCGGCAGUAAUGCAGAAGUUCUGAGUCACGGCGGGGGUUACGAAGCAAGGGCUACCCACAUACUCAACCCGUUCGGAAAAAUCAAAGGUUGCAGACGUGCUGCUGUAGUGAAGAACGCAUGAGCCCCUGGCCGAGCCGAGGCCUGGGCCAGAGGGAGCGGGUGUAAGGACCGGCUACCCGCUCUCCUCGCACGAUUUACCUCCCUGAUCGCCCUCAGCUGCGGAUCUGCUUCGGUCCUGGGCAGCAGACACACGCCACUCAACAUCGUGCAACACGCCAGGGACAUAUUCUGUCCAUUCACGACGCUGUCAUUUUAAACUGUGAGAUUGCUUUACGGGAAAAAAAAAACAACAACAACAACAACAACAUGAUUGUGAUCUUUAUUUAACAAAAAAGUUCCCUAGUUUUUUUAAGGCUGGUGCGAGGGGUGCUGGAUAGACAGUCCUGGGACAGGGCAGGUCGGUCCACUCAGGCUGCCGAAAUGCACCGCUGUACUAGAUUAGUCUUCAGCUGCAAAUCUGCUUGUUAGGAGGAUUAGGUGGAUAGCUGUCAGAAAUCACGACCCUUGAAUGCGUGUCAGUUUCGGUGAGGGUGUAUGACACUACGUUGGGCAAUGCCCCUGUCCGCGGCGUGAUUCAGCACUGUCUGUGUAAACAAUGUCCGGUGACGUCAGGAGCUGGGAGAUCUGGAGUAUCUAGACACGCUACACAUGAAGGACGUUGUAAGGCGUAUUAACGAGCGCUUUUGGAAAGACAGUCGGCUUCCAGGUGUUGUUGCACAGAUCUUUGUUGACAAUGGAGUUUCCAAACCUGGGAGAGCAUUGCUCAGAGAAGUCCUGCAAACGCCUGGAUUUUCUUCCCAUGAAAUGUGAUGCUUGUCAAGAGAUUUUCUGUAAAGAUCACAUUACUUAUGUAAAUCACAAGUGUACCUCGGCAUACAAAAAGGAUGUUCAGGUCCCGGUGUGCCCUCUGUGCAACACCCCCAUUCCUGUGAAAAGAGGAGAAAUGCCCGACAUUAAAGUUGGGGAGCACAUUGACAGAGACUGUAAAUCUGACCCUGCUCAUCGAAAGAGAAAGAUUUUUACAAACAAGUGCUCCAAGGGUGGCUGCAAACAGAAAGAAAUGAUCAAAGUGACUUGUGAACAGUGUCACUUGAACUUCUGUCUGAAACACAGACAUCCUUUGGAUCAUGACUGUACGUCUGAUGGCCAUCCCCUCUCUAAAACUGGACACGCUGCUGUAAUGAGAUCCCAGGCAGCGGCUGCCAGUGCUGCAGCCCCCCCUGCUGGUAAAGCAGCCUCCUCCAGGUCUGUUCCCAAUGGGCUGAGUGGAAGAGCAAGAUCCCAGCCAAGCAGAGCAGCCGCAGCCCCAGCCGCAGCCCCUCCUCGCUCCGCGUCCCUGCAGGCUGGAAUGAGUGAGGAGCAGGCCCUGCAGAGAGCUCUAGAGAUGUCCUUGGCGGAGUCGGCGACCAGCACACAACAGUCACUCAGCCCCCAGGAGCAGGAGGAUCUGGCCUUGGCUCAGGCCCUGGCAGCCAGCGAAGAGGAGUACCAGAGACAGCAGCAGAGACAACAGGCUAAACAGUCCAGCUGCAGUAUGUCUUGAUCUCCUGACCUUUUCAUGGUGCUGGAACACUGCCUCGUACAAUAAUUCUGUCCGUGGACAUUAAAAUGGGGACUUCAGGAAUGCUCUUCACUCAAGCUUCUGGUUACUACAAACCGCCAGUCCGACCUAAAGAUCACACUAUAUGAUGCUGUAUAUUGCCUAUUUUCUUUCAGCACUUCCUACAAAAUUCUUAUUCUUUUUAUCAGAGAUAUAUGCUUCAUGCCAUUGGUAAUAGCUCUGUGACUAUAUAUUUCAUAUAUUGAUCCUGCUAACCAAGACAAUUGCCUUGAUCGAUAAAUGUUUGUUCAAUAAAUUAUUGUAUAAAAUCA